UUACAAAAAUCUAAAAAUUCCCAUCAAAAGAACUAGGCAGAAAAUAUCUAAAUAUUAACCGAUAGCUAAAAAUUUUACGAGUAUGCCUUUGACGCCCAAAAAGAAUGAUCCACCGCUAUUAGAAUGCGAAACGCAUUUUUUUGUUUCGUUUCCGUUCCACCCUAAUGUACUUACAACUUAGUUAUACAGCCAGAUAAUUCCAAAAUGCAAUAAAGCGCAUAAGCAAAUCGCUAAAUCCUACCGUUUAUUUUCGGUGUGGCACAAUGAAACGCUCUAUUUAUUCAAGGAUUUACAGUACGGUUAGAAUAUUAUAAUUGAAAUAGAAAACCGGCUUCGCAGCAAUUACCAAAAGGUUUUGGCGUGGCAAUGGGUAGAGUCGCAAUAGUCGGAGCUCACACAGCAUACGAAAAUAUUGUAAAAUAAAAUUUUAAAAUCUCUAAUUGAUAAUUGGCAAAAUGGACUUCGACACAGUAUUGGAGAAAUGCGGCAAUUAUGGGCGCUAUCAGUUCGUGUUAUUGCUGUUAUAUGGCUGUACAAAUAUUCUAUCAUCGAUGCAUUAUUUUGCACAAACUUUAAUUAGUUUUACGCCAGAGCAUUGGUGCUAUCACGAAAAAUUAGCAAAUGCCAGCAUAUCAUACAUACGUAGCAUUUAUGGGCAAACAGCAAAUCCGCAAUGCACCCUCCUGGAGGAUAUCAUCGACGAUCAGCCGGUGGUCUCGGCGGUGGGAAACUGCAGAGAGUGGAUAUACGACUACGAAAGCGAUUACCGCAGCAUUACAACAGAUCUCAAAUGGGUAUGUGACGAUGCAUUCCAAGCUGCUGUGGGACAAUCGUUUUUCUUUGUUGGCUCCAUCAUUGGCACUAUAUUUUUCGGCUUUCUCGCUGAUAGAAUUGGUCGCUUACCAGCGUUGAUCUGCACUACACUAACCGGCGCUUUGGGUGAUUUCUUGACUUCCUUUGUCACUGCACUGCCAGCCUUUGCGCUAUUCCGAUUUUUUUCCGGACUGUCAACGGAUACCGUUUUCUAUCUCAUGUACAUAAUGGUUUUCGAGUACUUAAGUCCGCAAAAGCGCACAUUCGGUCUCAACAUCAUAACGGCCAUUUUCUAUUGCUUCGGCUUGAUACUGUCACCCUGGUAUGCCAUUUGGGUGGGCAGCUGGCGUUAUUACCUCUACGUGGCUUCGUUGCCUGCACUCAUUGUGCUCAUCUAUCCGAUCUUCAUCUGUGAGAGCGCGCAAUGGCUUAUAGCAACAGAACGCUACGAUCGCGCUGUGAGUUGUUUAAAGCGCGUGGCCAAAUUUAAUCGUCGCGUGGUUGAGGAAGACGUAUUCACGCAAUUCAGAACAUAUUAUGAGCAAAAAAUGGCAGAGGAAACCAAAUUGAAUAAGAAUAAAGACACUUUUUGGGGUAUGUUCCGCACACCGCGCCUGCGCAAAUUCACCACAAUAAUGUUGAUAAAAUCCGUCAUCAUUACCAUCGCCUUCGACGUGAUCAGCCGCAAUAUGGAAGGCUUGGGCUCAUCACCCUUUCUGCUCUUCUCGCUCACCUCAAUUGCCUACAUACCUGGCGGUUUCACGAUAAUACUACUUCAAAAUCGUAUUGGUCGUAAGGGCAUGGCUUUCGGCUCGCUCUUUGUUAGCGCAAUUAUUGUUACAAUAACUGGUUUCUUGAUCGCUUUCCUCGAUCGUGAACAGAACGCUGUUCUGUUGGCGAUCAUGGUUUCUCUGGGUCGUUAUGGCGUGAUUGUGAGUUAUGAUGCGGAAGCGCAAUAUGCAGCGGAAUUCAUACCAACAACUGUGCGUGGCCGUGGCUUGGCUAAUAUCCAUGUGAUCGGCUAUGGCUUCGCCUCGCUCAGUUCGUAUAUCAUUUAUUUGGGUCACUACUACAAGCCGCUGCCCUCGAUUGUCAUUGCCGCGGUUAUGAUGUGUGGGGCUCUGCUGUGUUUGGCCUUGCCGGAGACGUUAAAUCAGAAACUACCAGAAACGCUAAAGGAUGGCGAAGAAUUUGCAAGACAUCAGCGUUGGUACUAUUUCCCAUGUUUUGAUAGAAGCCGAAAAGAUAAGACGGUUGUUAUCGAAAAUUCGAAUACUCAUUAGAUGAAAAUUUUUGUAAUAUAAAUAGAUUAAUUUAUUUUUUUAACAACGAUAUUAAAUUAGUGGAACCAAAAUAUUUUAAAUUACGGAUUUAGCUUAAGUCUCAUACCAGACAUGUUGCAAACACUUGGGCUUAGUACCCCAUCUAUCGAGCUUGUUUACAAGAUGCUUGCAAGAUCGGUAUAUACACUAAUCUUGGAUGGAGCUCAGUGUGAUAUUUAUUCUUGAAACGGGAAAGCUAAAUCACUUCUCAAAAAACGAUUUUACUUAAGCCAAUAAGUGUUCUUAUCGCAAAGACUUUUCAAACACCGAUUGCAUUAUAGUAUUCGUAUCCCUAGAAUAGAUACAGCACAGAGACCGAUAACCGAGUGAAUGUCACCUAUGCCAUCGCCCAGUCUCUUGGAGAAGGUCUGUACUCUCAAAUCUCAGUACCUUUUCAACGGGAGUGGCAUCCGGAAAAUGAGCGGAAAGCAAGGCAAAGGCCCUUCCCUCUUCUCGCACUGUAUAGGCACCGCUUUGUGUCUCAAUCCCUUGUCUAGUUACUUCAGAGGUAGAUGGACGACCCUCUCAGAACGUUCUAAAACUGUUUAUUUUGGCCUUUCUAAUCUUCUUAUUGUACUCUAUCAGACAAGCCGAGUGCUCGUCCCAUUGCCCUGUGCGUUUGACCUUAGUGAUGAGCCUAUGCAUCCUUUUUCUUAGCGCCAAGGGUUGCCAAAAUCACCAGACGGUUUUGCCCUUACCGAUUGGGUUAAUUUCGGGACACUGGAGUUACGUACAUUAU